UCUCCAGUCCAUGGUAUUCUAGAGGCUUUUAACACAAGCUUAAAGUGCAGAUGCUCCCGAACGUUGUCAACCUUGCCCAAUGCGUACAGACGCAUUGUACGAAUUGAAAUCACAGCCCCUGGGAACGGUUGUCCAAACCAAGAAAUCAUAGUCAGGCUGAAGAACAAGUCAGCUAUAUGUUUGAAUCCUAACUCCAAAUGGACAAGGAAAUUUUUGAGUGAAUUAUGGAAGAAAAGGCUUCCAAUAGAGAUUCAAAGAGCUGCCUGGGAAACCCAUGGAACUUCAUCAGCCUAUCAAGAGACAGAGGGGUCCACAUAACAGACAGCCUCCAUUCAAAAGCUCACUAUUGAGAGGAAUGCGAGUCCUGUUUCUACUUUUAAGGAGUUUCUUUCAAAGACGUAUUGUCACAGAUUAAAAACUAAUAACACUUAAAGAUCCCCAGGCUUAAAUUCAUAGAAUAUUCAGAAGAAGCCUUUAAAGGAUGAUAUUCAGAUGUAUUCUUUUAUAAGUAUGCCCUGACAAACUGUUUUACUCACAUCUUUUGCAUAGAUUUUUUUUUGUUGUGGUUGUUGGUGGUCUCUGGUAUCCAAUUUUAUAAUGCUUCUUAUUAAUCUAAUGCUAUUCAAUAAACGUGAG